AUGGUGCAAAUUAAGAAUCACAUAGAAGAGGUUACAAAAAUCUUUAAAGCUCUCUCUUGCAUACAAUCAGCACUUUCAAAAGUAAGUUUUGCUAGAGUUAUGGUGAGUGAGACUGCAAAGGAGGCUUGGGACAAGAUGAAAGAAGAAUUUCAUAGAAGCGACAAGAUUAGGCAAAUAAAAAAGAUAAAUCUGAGAAGAGGAUUUGAAAUUCUCAUAAUUAAGGAUUCAAAAACUAUUGAAGAAUUAUCCAACAAGUUGACAAAGGUUGUAAACCAAAUCAUACUUAUGGGAGAAGAGCUUACAGGUUCAAGAAUCAUGGAAAAGAUUCUUGUGAGUUUGCCAAAAAGAUUUGAAGCAAAGAUCUCCUCACUCAAAGAUUUGAAGGAUCUCACAAUACUGUCACCUUCAAAACUCAUACAUGCUCUUCAAGCUCAAGAGCAAAGAAGAUCCUUGAGGCUAGAAGAAGCUACUGAAACUGCUCUUCAAUCCAAGUUCAAAGCGAAGAUGCAAAUUCAAGAGGAAGGUAAAAUCCUAGAAACCUCUACUAAUUCUAGUAUAAAUAAUCAAGGUGAUUCUCGCGAUAGAGAAAACUUUCCUCCAUACAAGUAUUGCAGAAAAACUAAUCAUAAAGAGGAUGAUUGUUGGUUUAAGGGGAAGAAACUAUCUCUCCAAUGUAGAUAUUACAAUAAGCUUGGUCAUAUUAAAAGGUUUUGUAGAGUGAAGAAGGAGAACAACCAACAAACUCAAAAAGCCAACAUUUUAAAAGUUAAAGAAUAG